AUGUACGCCGAGGGGAUGGUGGCCCAGCAGACCGUAGUGGACCCUGAGACACUGGCGCUAAGCCAGUCAGAGGUUCCCGUCUUGUUGCAGAUGCCGCUGCACUCGCACCUUGGCGAUGAUGGGCUGCCCGCCGUUCAAGGGGCCGCCACAGCGGCUGCGACGAAGGAGAGGGUACCCGCCAACCGGCGUGGUGCUCAGAAAGAAAAGCCGGUGCCGCCGGCAGGGAAUGUGACCGCCCCAAGGGAGGACCCGCCGCCGAGGGUGACGAGGGCUGCUGGCGGAAAUACCAGGGGACUAGCCAACAGCAAGCAAUCCUUUUUGUGGGUGGUUCGACCCGGGUUAGUUCAAGGUUCGGAAUGGCUAGAACCACUGCCUAGUGGUUUUCUUGAGAGCUUGAAUGGAAUGGGACACAUUGUGAAAUGGGCACCCCAAAAAGAGGUGCUUGCCCAUCAAGCUGUUGGAGUAUUUUGGACUCACACUGGUUGGAAUUCUACAUUGGAGAGCAUCUGUGAGGGAGUCCCUAUGAUUUGUAUUCCAUUUUUUGCUGAUCAAAUGGUGAAUGCAAGAUACGUAAGCGAUGUUUGGAAAAUAGGAUUGCAGCUAGAGCUUGGUAUCAAGAGAGAAGAAAUUGAAAGAGCAAUUAGAAGAGUUAUGAUGGAGAAAGAAGGGGAAGAGAUAAGAGAUAGGGUGUCAAAGCUGAAGGAUAUGGCAAAUCUUUGCCUGAAACAAGGUGGCACUUCAUACCAAUCUUUGGAUGGCUUGAUUAAUCAUAUCUUAUCACUAGAAUCAUUAAUCACAAAACUUACAAGUCAGUGA